AGGAAAUCUGCAAGCUCGGAAGCGAGGAGCGGCGAGCCGAGCCAAGAGGAGAGGCGGCUCCCAUCCCCAGCGCCUGCCCCCGCCUACACCCUGGGCGGGCUGAAGUGUCACGUUUGCGAUCGCUUAGAAGGACCCGGCUGGUCUCCGAAGGCGAGCCGGGCUGCGGUUUCUGCUGCUCGUCUGGGGAGGCGAUGCCCAGGGGUUAUGCUGACUGCUAGGCAGCACCCUGCCGGGAGCCGACUGCCUUAGCUCUCCCAGUCCCCUGAAGCCAUCCCGGGGUCGCGCGUUUCCGGUGCGGACCAGCCAGCUCUCCCCAGCCCUUCUCAUCAGAACAGAACCAUGGGGCAUCCCCCUCUGGAGUUCAGCGACUGCUACCUGGACAGCCCCAAUUUCCGCGAGAGGCUCAAGUGUUAUGAGCAGGAGCUGGAGAGGACCAAUAAAUUCAUCAAAGACGUGAUCAAAGACGGCAACGCGCUUAUCAGCGCAAUGAGAAAUUAUUCUUCAGCUGUUCAGAAAUUUUCCCAGACGCUGCAGUCCUUUCAGUUUGAUUUUAUUGGAGACACUCUGACCGAUGAUGAGAUUAACAUUGCUGAAUCCUUCAAGGAAUUUGCUGAAUUACUCAAUGAAGUUGAAAAUGAAAGGAUGAUGAUGGUACACAAUGCUAGUGAUUUGCUGAUCAAACCCCUGGAAAAAUUUCGGAAGGAGCAAAUAGGCUUCACCAAGGAGCGGAAAAAGAAAUUUGAAAAGGAUGGUGAGAGGUUUUAUUCUUUGCUGGAUCGGCACAUACAUCUGUCUUCCAAAAAGAAAGAAUCUCAGUUACAAGAGGCAGACCUGCAAGUGGACAAGGAGAGGCACGUUUUUUUUGAGUCCUCCCUUGAUUAUGUUUAUCAAAUCCAGGAAGUUCAGGAGUCCAAGAAGUUCAAUAUUGUGGAGCCGGUCUUGGCCUUUCUCCAUAGCCUCUUCAUUUCCAACAACUUGACUGUGGAGCUCACACAAGAUUUCCUCCCAUACAAACAAAAGCUCCAGCUCAGUUUGCAGAAUACAAGAAAUCAUUUCUCCAGUACCCGAGAAGAGAUGGAAGAACUUAAGAAAAGGAUGAAAGAGGCUCCCCAGACUUGCAAACUUCCAGGACAGCCAACCAUUGAAGGCUAUCUCUAUACCCAAGAGAAAUGGGCUUUGGGAAUAUCCUGGGUGAAAUACUACUGCCAAUAUGAGAAAGAGACCAGAACACUCACCAUGACGCCAAUGGAGCAGAAGCCGGGUGCUAAGCAGGGACCCUUGGACUUAACCCUGAAGUACUGCGUGAGGAGGAAGACGGAGUCUAUUGACAAGAGGUUCUGUUUUGAUAUAGAAACGAAUGAAAGGCAAGGAACCAUCACUCUACAGGCCCUUUCAGAAGCUAACAGAAGGCUAUGGAUGGAGGCCAUGGAUGGGAAAGAGCCUAUCUACCACAGUCCCAUAACGAAACAGGAAGAAAUGGAGCUGAACGAAGUGGGCUUCAAGUUUGUUAGAAAAUGUAUCAAUGUCAUUGAGACCAAAGGGAUCAAGACAGAGGGAUUAUACCGUACCGUGGGGAGCAAUAUUCAGGUUCAGAAGCUGCUGAAUGCGUUUUUUGAUCCUAAAUGCCCAGGAGAUGUUGAUUUUCAUAAUAGUGACUGGGACAUUAAGACAAUCACCAGCUCCUUGAAAUUCUACCUGAGGAAUCUUUCUGAACCUGUCAUGACCUAUAGACUACAUAAAGAGCUGGUCUCUGCUGCCAAAUCUGACAACCUGGAUUACCGGCUGGGAGCUAUUCACUCCUUGGUAUAUAAGCUACCAGAAAAGAACCGAGAGAUGUUGGAAAUUCUUAUAAGACACUUGGUCAAUGUGUGUGAGCACAGCAAAGAGAAUUUUAUGACCCCCUCCAACAUGGGGGUGAUCUUUGGUCCCACGCUGAUGAGAGCUCAGGAAGAUACUGUGGCUGCCAUGAUGAACAUCAAAUUCCAGAACAUUGUGGUAGAAAUCCUAAUUGAGCACUUUGUCAAGAUCUAUUCAGGUCCACCUGAGGAAAAUGCUGCACCCCCAGUGCCUCCACCUCGAGUUACAGCAAGAAGGCACAAACCAAUCACAAUUUCGAAGCGCUUGCUGCGGGAAAGGACCGUUUUCUAUACUUCUUCCUUGGAUGAAGGUGAAGACGCAGUUCAACAUCAAACACCCAACGGUACUAUCACCAACAGUAUAGAACCCCCCAAACCACCACAGUACCCCAACCUGCCUAUUCAGAAGAGUGGGGAACCUGAUCCUGGGAGGAAGUCCCCAAGCAGACUGGCUUCAGAUGGUAAAUUGGAGUCCUGCCCCGAGGUGGACGUGGGGAAAUUGGUGUCUAGGCUGCAGGAUGGAGGAGGGACCAAGGCCAUACCAAAGGCCACCAAUGGAUCUGUGUCAGGCUCUGGGCCCACCAAGGCCCCCUCUUUCCACAUCAAGAGACCAGCUCCUCGGCCCGCGGCUCAUCACAAGGAGGGAGACUCUGACAGUUUCAGCAAAGUACGGCCUCCAGGAGAAAAGCCAACCAUCAUCCGUCCCCCAGUGAGGCCUCCAGACCCUUUAUACCGGGCAGCUACUCCCCAGAAAACAGAAACAAAGCCAGAUAUCGUAGCUGGCAAUGUAGGGGAAAUCCCGUCGUCCGUGGUGGCUUCGAGGACCAGGUUCUUUGAGACAGCUUCCCGGAAAACAGGAAGUUCUCAAGGCAGACUUCCUGGAGAGGAGAGUUGAGGCUUCAGGUUUUAAAAGCCUUGGCUUCAGAAGACCCUUUCCAGAUUCUGGAAGGGUUUUCUCCACACCCUGUGUGCUGAGUCAUUUUGUGCUGAAGAGCAGCUCCUUCCUGGCCCUGCACCUUCAGGCUCUGAGAUGCUAUAAGUAGGGGGGCACAUGUCCUAGAACAGGUUUAUUUCUCCUUUGUAUUCUGCCUUUAUCCCCUCAGAAGGUAUAUCUUGAGCUCCUGUAAGACUGUGAAUGUCUGAACUCCUUCAAGCCAGACUCUGCAGAAACCAAGCUAUCCACUGACCUGAGCUGAAGAGGGGAGCUCAGUUCUCAACUGUUCCCUGAAUUUCCUGCCUCCUCAAAAGGACAUCGAACUCUGAAAGAUUUUGGGCUAACCACUGAUCUCAAAGGUCUAACCCUGAACUAAAAUCUACCGGGGUUGGGGCCAUUGCUUACCUUGGAAGCAGGGGACUAGGAACAUUCGCUAAACAUUGGAGAAUCAUAACACAUCUCUUUCUGAUGAUAUGGACCCUGGUGCCAGGUUGGAGCUCUGGCACUGUAAUAUAUUGCCAAGAAUCUGUCUGCUCCUGUGGGGCCAGACAGCGUGGGUGAUGCCCCCCACAAACCCUCCAUGUGGACUCAGGAAGGUGGCCUUCCUGCUCUUGCCUACAACCGCUUAAGACAAAUCUGCAAAGCACGUUUUGCAUGUCAAAGCCUAGGUCUGUUUGAAUUAUUCUUCUGCCUGUUUUGUCCUGACAGCUUCUUUUGCAAGCAAUCAAGAAAGAAAGAAAGAAAGAAAGAAAGAAAGAAAGAAAGAAAGAAAGAAAGAAGAAAAGCUGGAAACAGUUCUUUAAAGAAGAGAGAUGGUGUCCUGCAAGAGUUCCAUUUUGGGGUCAAACGCUGGGGAAAAAUGUUAAGAUGGAUUGAGGCCAGGCGGCUGUCACAUUGCAUCAUGUUUGCUUUCUGCAGUUAAUCUCUUUUAUCUCCUGAAAGAAGCAGUUUUGAACCCUGUGCCCGUGGAUUCAGGAAGUUCACGAAGCCUCUGAAAUGGUGUUCAGAAUUCCAUGACAAUGUGUCAUUUCUGGAGAAAUGUCCACAACAUUCUGCUGAAUUUCAAAUGGGCCUGCGACCCAAUAAAGUUUCACAGCCUUGAGAUAAAAGACUUUUUACAACCCAUAUAGCAUUUGAUUUGUAGGGCCUUGCAAAAUCAUUGAGUCUAUCUGCCUAGUUUACCACUGGGGAAACUGAGGCAGAGCACAUUAGCAGCCAUGCUUAAGGAAGAUCCUAGGUCCUUGGUCUCCUACUCAAGGUUCUUUCCAUUACACAACACUUACCUAGCAAGGGGUAUUAUGAUGGGUGCCUUUAGUGGUCAUCCUUUUGGGGGUUUGGCUUUUACCCUCUUUCUUGAUUGCCCACAUAUUUGCCACCAGAUGAAAAACUCCCAGAAAAAUCUCCUAGUCUUCCUCAUUUGCCAUCUAAACCAUUGGAAAGGAACUAAAACACAAUUGUUAGUGAGAAAUCUGAGGAGUAGACACUUCUAAUCCCUGUUUGUUAAAGGGGAGCUGCUAGAGCAGUUGUCAUUGCUUGUGUUCCCAGACAGAUGCCAAUGACACAAAACAGGUGCUCAGAGUAUCAGCCCCAAGGGUCCUUCAACUCUACUUUCUUUGGGCGACUAGUUUACCAGGAUUGAGAUAUCUGCUUCCAGUAGCAAACCACACACUGGGGAGGAUGAAUAGGCCUUUCAUCUGGGCGCUUCUUUGUUUCUAUCACAUGUGCACACUCAUUGCUUCAGCUGAGCCACAAAAGCCGUAUAUCA